AUGGACGACUCAAGACCGUCGCCCGUCUCGACCCCCGUGUCGAGGGCCUCAAUCCGGAACACGGGCAUCGCCCUCAUCGUCCUGACCUCCAUCGUCGUCGGCACCAGGGUCGUCCUCGCGGCCGUCAACCAGCGCAAGUUCCUCCCGGAGGACGGCUGGCUCGUCGCCUGCUACGUCUUCUUCGUGGUCCUCGCCGCCCUCUACCUCUUCAUCGUGCCGGCCUUCUUCAGGAUGACGGACAUGGCCGCCGGGCUGACGGAGCCGUACGAGAGCUUUGUCGAGGACGCGCUGUUCAUCCAGAAGGGGCUGUUCACCGCCUCGGCGAGCUUGUGGUUUUGUUUGUGGUCGGCCAAGUUCUCGCUUCUCUGCGUGUAUAAGAAACUCCUGGAUAAGCUGCCGUUUUACAUCCGGUUGUGGUGGGCUUUGGUCGGGCUGUGUGCGCUGACGCUGGUCGGCAACAUCAUUUCGCUUUUCAUGGCGUGUUCCAGUAUGGAGGCCUGGUUUUCCGUCGGAGCCUGCACCACGCCUCGAGACGUCGUCGCCGCCUCCAUCAUUAUGUGGUUUGCCUACAUAGUAGACAUUGUCACAGAUCUUCUGAUCAUGCUUCUUCCCCUCCGCCUGAUCGCCAAGCUCCAGAUGCCACUAUCCCGAAAGUUCAGCAUCGCGACCCUCUUCUGCCUCGGAUGGGUCUGCAUCGCCGCGUCGACCGUACGCGUGACCCAGAUCGGUAACAACGGGCUCCAGCCCACGGUGCCGUGGCUCGCGCUGUGGGGAACAAUCGAAUCGGCAAUUGCGGUCAUCAUCGUGACCGGACCGGGUCUCUACCGCACGGCCAAGCUGUACUCGAAGAGCCGACAGAAGUACUACCUCAACGAAUCCGAUUCCAAGGGCAACGCCUCGAAGAGCAGGAGUCAUGGACGGACGAUUGACGAACAGCAAGACAUCCAGCUGAGGCCGUAUCCACGGCCGACGACCAUCUCCCGGACCGAACCGGUCAGCAGUAGCCAGGAGGAGCUGGUGUAUCCGGGAAAGCUGGACGGGAUUAUGGUGACAAGGGCCGUCAUGGUGGACAGAUCGUCGGAAUCUCGAUAA